CCGACUUAUUGAUUUGGUCCGCCGCUCUCUUUCUCUGCCUCCGCGAUACCGCGUGAUUUCUUCUCCGUUCGCCGAGCAGCGGUGCUCCGACCGCCGGGGAAAGCCCGACGCCGCCCCCCCGCCCCGCCGCCCCCCGGUCGGGUAACCGCCCAACCCUCCUGUCUUAUACCAGCUCGAAGUCCUCUCUCUCUCUUGCUUGGUGGGGAGAUCGGGGACGGAUCUGGGGAGAGGAGAUUUCUAAAAGUUUUGGGGGAGGAUUUGUUUGUAUUUUAUUAUUGGACUUGGAGAUUGAUGAGAAUCCGAGGAAAGAUCUGGCAUCUAUGACGACGGGAACCCCGGGGCGAUCGAUGCUGGCGGCGUUUGGAGGUGGCUUUCACAUGGAAUGGCAGAUCUCUUCGGCAACGGGAGCAGCGGCAGGGAUAUCGACAAGGUACUUGUUGCCUUGAAGAAGGGCACUCAGUUGCUUAAAUAUGGUCGGAAAGGGAAGCCAAAGUUUUACCCAUUCAGAUUAUCUAAUGAUGAAUCGUCAUUGAUUUGGUCAUCAAGUGGUGGAGAAAGAAGUUUGAGAUUAGCAUCUGUUUCAAACAUCAUUCCUGGCCAAAGAACUCCCGUUUUCCAACGGCAUCUGCGCCCAGAGAAGGACUACCUGUCCUUUUCCCUGAUAUAUAACAAUGGAAAACGGUCUCUUGAUCUGAUUUGCAAGGACAAAGUUGAGGCAGAGGUGUGGUUGGCAGGACUUACAGCAUUGAUUUCAUCAGGUCAACGUGGACGCUCAAAAAUUGAUGGAUGGAGUGAUGGUGGACUCUGCCUUGAUGAUGCAAAGGACUUAAUAUCCAAUAGUCCAAGUGACAGCUCCAUUGGCACCAUAGUGGAUAUUAGCUCUCCAGACAGCAAUCUAAACACAAGUACUUUAUCUUCAUCAUCUGAAAGUUUGGCAUGCUUAGAAAGAUCAGAUGUAACAAGUAUGCAAGCAAAAGUGGCUACUUCAGAUGUUUUUAGGGUCAGUGUUUCUAGUGCCCCUAGCACAUCCAGUCACGGAUCUGCACAAGAUGACUGUGAUGCCUUAGGGGAUGUGUAUGUAUGGGGUGAGGUCAUCUGUGAUUAUUCUGCAAGAGCUGGUGCUGAUAGAAACAUUAGUUCUUUUAGUGGCGGAACGGAUAUCCUUCUACCUAAGCCUUUGGAAUCCAAUUUAGUUUUGGAUGUUCACCAUGUUGCCUGUGGUGUCAGGCAUGCUGCUCUUGUUACAAAACAGGGAGAGGUCUUUACAUGGGGUGAGGAAUCUGGAGGGCGCCUUGGCCGUGGUGUUGGAACAGAUGUUAUCCACCCUCGUCUUGUUGAAUCUUUAGCAGCCUGUAAUGCAGAUUUUGUUGCUUGUGGGGAGUUCCAUACUUGUGCUGUAUCUGUGUCUGGCGAACUUUAUACUUGGGGUGAUGGUGCUCAUAAUGUAGGGCUUCUUGGUCAUGGUACUGAUGUCAGUCACUGGAUACCCAAGAGAGUUUCAGGACCAUUGGAAGGGCUUAAAGUUGCUUAUGUUACUUGUGGCACCUGGCAUACAGCCUUGAUAACUUCCACUGGGCGAUUAUUCACAUUUGGUGAUGGAACAUUUGGUGUAUUAGGACAUGGAAACAGAGAGAGUGUUUCAUAUCCAAAGGAGGUAGAAUCUUUGAUGGGUUUGAAGACAAUUGCUGUUGCAUGCGGCGUUUGGCAUACUGCAGCCGUGGUAGAGGUUAUAGUUGCUCAAUCUAGUGCCAGUGCAUCAUCUGGAAAAUUGUUCACUUGGGGUGAUGGUGACAAGUAUCGUCUUGGUCAUGGUGAUAAGGAGCCACGACUUAAACCCACUUGUGUGGCUUCAUUGAUUGACUACAAUUUUCACAAGCUAGCUUGUGGUCAUAGUCUUACAAUUGGCCUGACAACUUCAGGACAUGUUUUCACCAUGGGAAGUACUGUUUAUGGUCAACUUGGCACUCAAUCUGAUGGGAAGCUACCAUGCUUAGUUGAAGAUAAGCUUGUUGGUGAAUCUGUGGGAGAGGUUUCUUGUGGUUCAUACCAUGUUGCAGUUUUAACCACCAGGAGUGAAGUUUACACAUGGGGAAAAGGAGCCAAUGGAAGACUCGGCCAUGGAGACCUUGAAGAUCGGAAAACACCUACACUAGUUGAAGCUUUGAAGGACAGAGCCGUUAAACACAUAGCCUGUGGUGCAAACUUCACGGCUGUCAUAUGUCAACAUAAAUGGGUAUCCGGUGCAGAGCAGUCUCAGUGUUCAGCCUGCAGACAAGCAUUUGGAUUUACCCGAAAGAGGCACAAUUGCUAUAACUGUGGUCUUGUGCACUGCCAUGCAUGCAGUUCAAGAAAAGCUUUGGGAGCAGCAUUGUCUCCUAAUCCUGCAAAACCUUACCGUGUUUGUGACUCCUGUUACGUGAAAUUGAGCAAAGUGUUGGAAUCUGGUGGAACUAAUAACAAGAGAAAUGUUGUGCCCCGCCUCUCAGGAGAAAGCAAAGAUAGAUUUGACAAAGCAGAUCUGAAAUCAUCAAAGAAUCUGUUGCCUAGUAACCUGGAUUUGAUUAAAAGUCUGGAUAUCAAGGCAGCUAAACAUGGUAAGAGGACUGACAACUUGUCUUUGAUUCGGGCGCCUCAAGUUAAUUCAUUGUUACAGUUAAAAUAUAUCGCUUUAGCUGGUGCAGCUGAUUUGCACCGAGCAGUUCCAAAAGCAGUUCGUACAUCAGCGGUUCAAUCCGUAAAUCAUUCCAGGGCUGUUUCACCUUUCUCUAGAAAACCUAGCCCUCCACGUUCUGCAACACCUGUUCCUACAACUUCUGGCCUUUCUUCCUCCAAAAGCAUUGCUGACAGUCUGAAAAAGACAAAUGAGCUCUUGAGUCAAGAAGUUCAGAAACUGCGUGCUCAGGUUGAAACUCUGAGACAGCGCUGUGAACUUCAAGAAUUUGAGUUGCAGAAAUCAGCAAAGAAAGCUCAGGAAGCCAUGGCACUGGCUGCAGAGGAAUCUGCAAAAUCUAGAGCUGCAAAGGAAGUUAUAAAAGCACUAACAGCACAGCUUAAAGAUAUGGCGGAGAGAUUGCCCCUUGGUGCCUAUGAAAAUGAGAUACGGCCAGUAUAUCUGCCAAAUGGCAUUGAGCCACAUGCUAUUCACUACUCCAGUCUGAAUGGGGAGCACCAGCCAAGAAACGAUGGAAGCAAUGGUCCAAACAUACCUCCACCCAUGAGUAUUCACUCUGCUGUUAUGAAUGGAAGUUCAGACCAAAAUCACCCACCAACUGAUAUUCAGGAAGUUAAUAAAAUGAGUACACAAUUUCAAAAUCAUAGGGCUGUAAAUCUGAGUGAAGCAGAAGAGCAUUUGAAUACAGAAAGCCAUGGUAAUGAAGAAAUGCCAAUGCCAAGUGGUAGAGUGGAGAACAUUGAUAGCAAGGAUACUGAGCCCCCUCAAAAUGGCGAGAAUGGUUCUAAGUCUCAAAGCCCCAUGCCAUCUGGCAUUCAAGUCGAGGCAGAAUGGAUAGAACAGUAUGAACCUGGUGUUUAUAUAACUCUCAUGGCCCUUCGUGAUGGAACUCGAGAUUUGAAGAGGGUGCGAUUCAGUCGUAGAAGAUUUAAAGAGCAUCAAGCAGAAGCCUGGUGGUCUGAGAACCGUGAAAAAGUGUAUGAAAGGUACAAUGUUCGUGGGUCGGAUAGGGCUUCAUCAGCAGCUUCCAUCCAAUCUGCACGUAGAUCAGAAGAAGAGUUCAUGCCAGCUUCCAAAGUUUAGCGGCAACAAGAUGAAGGAAAUGCCUAUCAGUGUUGGAUAAUUCUAAUUUCAGUCGGGACUGAUCCUGAAUGGCAUGCAGGAAAUCUCAAAGAGUAAGCUAUGCUUCCCUUCCUCACAUGUAGUAUAUUUAUGCGUUAUUUCUUGAUUACACCGCCUCUGUUUCUGCCCUUGCCUGUUGUAUUGCAGUGUAUAUAAAAUCAUCAAAUAUGAGAAUACUAUGGGGCAAGGAGAGGUGUUUUCCUAUGUACACCUUUUUUGUUAGUAAUUGCAGUUGAAGUUUCCUUCUUAUUCAUUACAUUUUCCUU